AUGGCAGACUCCAAAGAUCCUCUUCAACGCCAGAACCCGGCACCACAAACUCUUGCAGACAAUCCUCACAAUCCGAGUUCGGCUGCCUACUUAGCCUAUCCCGUCAAACAUGUCGUUUCUAGUCUAUAUCGACGCAUGACCGAGCCUCCCGAGCACCCUGUCGGCAAGUUGCUUAACGCUCCCUCAAUGGCUUCGUCUACUUCCGGUCUAUACACCCCUCCGAAGAGAACCCAAUCACCCUUUCAACCCCCGCCUCUCACUCCGCUCGAAUUGAGACAUACACUGUCUGCCCGGGCGGCAGACUCGCUGCUAUUGACGAGGUCACUUGCUGAAGAGAUACGACUGUUGAUCCCACCGAGACUUCAACUGCUGGAACACUGGAGGCUAGCGUAUUCACUCGAGGUUCAUGGGUCCUCCUUAGCAACGCUUUACGAGCACUGUGCAAAGGUAUCUAUAAAUUCACAACGGUCAGGGUACGUUCUGGUUGUCCGCGAUGGCACCACCUCUGCUGGACACGGGUCGGUCUUUGGUGCAUACCUCUCAGACGCUCCUAAGCCGGGUCUCCAUUAUUUUGGUACCGGUGAAUGCUUCCUUUGGCGAGCUAGUAUUCUGCCAGCCAUGAGAGACUUGUCAUCACAGCUUAGAAACGCCACAAACACCGCGUCGGAAGACCUCCUCGAGCUGGCUGGCCUUCCACCCCCUCCCAGCGCUGAUACAACGAAUCUCCAGCGAGUAACCACAGUCCGUGGUGAAAGACGGGCUUCAUCAGUGACAUCUCCAGGCUCUCCCCCAAACCUUAAGCCCCGAGAAGCCCCGGGGUAUUUACAGACUCCCGCGGAACGAUCGGGUACUUCCACUCCAGAUCGUAUUAGGUUCAAGGCCUUUCCGUACAGUGGAAUUAAUGACUUUCUGAUCUAUUGCCAAGCAGAUUAUCUGUCUGUUGGGGGAGGUGAUGGGCAUUAUGGACUAUGGCUAGAUGACGACUUGGAUAACGGCAUCAGUGAGACUUGUCCAACUUUCGGCAAUGAACCAUUGAGCGACGAGGGCCGCAAGUUUGAAAUACUUGGCGUUGAAAUCUGGUAUGUUGGUGCAUGA